ACUGCGGUAAACUAACUCACCCAGAAGCUCCACAUCAUGGCACUCUACGACUUACCUGACUUUGGCUUUUUUACCGCUUCUAUCCGUUUAGCUAAGAGUCAAGUAUGUGUCUAGACUGCUGCUUUGGUGACUAGUGCAUCGCCAAGAGCCGCUUCAGGUAAAUUUAGGGUUAGGAAACUAAGCUACUGCAUUUGCUGCCAUGGGAAACUCAGAGAGAGUAUUGUGGAUUGUAGUGGAGUGCACCUGCAGGAUCCUUGGUAUCUCCACAGCCACAGUGUUGUGCGCUGUGGGAGUGGAGACACUACAACAGGGAGAAUUCCACAGCCUGGCCAUCUACCUGCUAGUGUCAUCUGUUGGGAUAAUGCUGUUUGAGCUGGCUUAUUUUGUGGAUGCCCUUCUGUUAAUGUGUCUGCCCUGCCCUCCAGACUGGCAGGUGUUUCUGUUGUGGGGGAAGAUGGCUCGCCUUGGAGGCUUCCAGAAAUUCCUCUACUACUCCAUAAUGUCUGUGGUUUGCUUUCUGCACCCUGUGCUGGUGUGGCAUGCCAUUAUCCCAGGGACCAUGCUUCUGGUGACAGCCUUUUUCAACUUCAUACUAAGCAAAAAAGCCAAGGCAGAGUCUCCCAAAGGACCGCAGGACAGCUACAAUGACCAAGGCCUGACCACGGUGUGUGUGACAGAGAGAGGAGGCUCAGGAAACAACUUCUCCUUCUUCCACAUGAUGGGAAGCAGGAGAGGAACAGGCCUCGCUCUCACAUCCAGGGACCGCUGCCUCGGCCUGGGUGAGAGAGGAGAGACCAUCCAAGCCAUGCUGGAGCUGGAGCAGACAGCGGCACCAAAAGAGACAGAGAGGCAGAGGAGGAGGUGGAAAGACAGGAGGCAGGUAUGCCUCACAGGUAGGCAGGGCCCUGUGGAGAGAGAGAUGGAGGAAUUUGAGAGGUACUGUGAGCCGGAGCCAGAGACCAGCUCCGAUACUGCACCUAUGAUUACUGACUGAAUGUCCUGCAGCGCUGAGGCUGAGCGUCUUACCAGGGCACACGAUGGACAGCAUGACUAACACAGACUGUGCCACAAUGUGUAAAUAACAGACUCAGCCUCAGUGUGUAAAUAACACACACUAUUGACUGCUGGGAUAGGCUCCAGCAACCCCCAUAACCCUAA